ACAAUCAUCGAGGCGCAGGGGGUAAACCUGCCGGCGGACGCCGACCCCGGCGGCCACCUGCGCUGCGGCGUGACUGUGCUUCCACACUCCUCCACGGCUCCGUCGGCCGAGAGCGUACAGACCAAGACCCUCCCGGCCGGCCCCGGCGCAAAGUGGGAUGAGGCUCUCAACGUGGAGGCGGAGAGUCAGGACAAGCUCGCCUUCGAAUGCUGGCUCGUCACUCCCGCUGGCAAGGACGUGCUGGUAGGCCGGGUGGAGAUGGCCGUGAGCUCCCUGGUUGUGGGUAGCAGCAGCGACAAGUGGCUCGCGCUGAAGGCCCCCGAGACCACCAAGCCCGCUGGUCUGUUGCACACACUCAUCCACCCCCGCCCCAAGCGGUCCACGAGCCGGCGGGCGAGCUCGCCGAGCUCGAAUGACAAGAUCAAACCCGGCGCCAGCGCGCCCAAGGGACCCACCUUCGAGCCCUCCGAUCUCGAGAAAUGGCUCUCCGCGGAGGAAUUGGCAUCGCUCGAUGAGAAGGAGCGAUCGCGACAGAAGGCGAUCCUGGAGGUCAUCGAGACCGAGCGUUCGUACAUGAACGACCUCGACAUCCUGCAGCGGAUAUUCAUCAAACCCAUACACGAAAACAACUAUCUCACUAAAUCGGAGAUGAACUCUGUCUUCUCCAACGUGGAGACUCUUCGCGAGAUCAACCUGGAGCUGAUGAAGGAGCUGGAUGAGCUGCAGAGCAAGAAGGUGGCCAUCAAGAACCUGGGCGAGGUGUUUGCCAAGCGGGAGUCGAUGUUCAAGCUCUACGCCAUCUUCUGCAGCGCAAUUGUUGACGUGAACCAGCGGGUCGAGCAAUUCAAGGACAAGAACCCUCCCUUUGCCGCCUUCCUCGAGGCUGUGAUCAAAUACACUCCCAACGAUCACCCGGACAGAGAGCCGCUCGAGAAGGUGUACGAGAACAUUAUGGAGAUCGUGAACAUGGUGAACGAGCGAACGCGCCAGGUGGAGAACGUGCAGCGACUGAUCAAACUGCAGAAGACCAUUGCCAACCCCGACGAGCCGGGCAACGAUUUUGUGGACAAUCAGCGGUUCGUGGUGAGGGAGGGCCUGCUGGCCCGCAUCAAGGGCGAAGGCAAGAACAAGAAGGAGCGCAAGCUCAACAUCAUCCUCUUCAACGACAUGUUGGUGUUGACCAAGCCGUUGACUUCGCGUCAAGGCCCGUCGUUCCGGGUGAUCGAAAAGAUCCCGACCAAGGACCUCCAGGUCGCUGACAGUCCACCCACCGUCAUCGGCUCCCUCUCUUCCGCCAGCUCCUCCAGCACCCUCGAACGCUCCCCCUCCAACGAAUCCGGGAAGAAGUCGUCCACCAAGGAGUCGACGCACGCAUCGCUGUCGGGCUCGGGCGGGCUCAAGGUGUGGCGCUCGACCAUGCGCGUCACCAAAUCGUCGUCGUCGGCGGUCAGCGAGCCCGACCCGGAGCUACGACUCGACAUCCACUGCCGCGGUGGCGGCAGCGGCGGCAAGCCGCUCACCUUUGUCGCGCUCACGCCCGAGGAAAGGGCCGAGUGGAAAAAGGCCGUCCAGACCGCCAUCAGCCUCUCCACGCGCGAGCAGACCUUCAACUUCAAGACCAGCUCGGCCCGCACCCGCGACGGCGAAUUGGUGUCGACAACGGCUCUUUCGGUCGAAGCCACCAAGUCGACGGAUUUGAAUUCGGCCGGAGCCGCGACCGCGCCCAGCCCGGGCAGUGCCGGGCCAGCGGCCAGUGCGCCGACACCGUCGACAGACGAGAAGAAGGAGAAGAAGGAAAAGAAAGAGAAGAAGAAAGAAAAGAAGGAAAAGAAAGAGAAGAAAAAGAAGAAGAGCGGCUCGUCCAGAAGAGAGAAGACCAAGAAGAUCGCGAAGGAGGAGGACACGAAUGCAAAGAAUGCCGAUGGUGGCGGCGACGGCCCACAGAGCGCCGGCGGCGAUGGCGGCGAUGGCGACGCCCAGGGCAAGAGCCCCGGAGCGCGGCCGCGCAAGUCAAAGAGCGAAGUCAACCUGAAGCGGUCGGACGAGGACGCCAUCGACGCGUCGACGACCAAGCCCAACGAGGCGAAGGAAUCCAAGGAACCCAAGGCGCCGGCGCCGGCGGCAGAGGCGGCAGAGGUGGUGGUGAAGAAGGAAGGCAGGAAGAGCUGGCGCAAGAGCCUGACGAGCAUUCUACGCAAGGACGACAUCGCCGACGCGUUCGCGGCCGAGGAGCAGAAAGAGAAGGAAAAGGAGAGGGAAAAGAAGACGGAGGAGAAGACGAAGAAGAAGACGUUCGGGACGUGGGGCCGCAAGAAGAAGCUCGCCGCUGCCGUGACCGACGCCGCUGCCGAACCCGCCGAGGUGCCGAGCGAGGGCAAGACGAAGAAGAAGGGCUGA